CGGCAUCGACUUCUCUGGCCUGUUCGCCGCCUCGCAGUACCGCGGCCUUUCCGCCGAGCACGAGCUUUGGCGAUGCUACGUGGGCCCGGAGGACCGCACGCCCUUCGUGCGCCUCGUGGACGGCGUCGAGUCCUGGCUGCGGCCCCACCUCGACGGCGGCAGACGGAUCGUGCUUGCGGGCGAGUCCUUCGGGGGCCUGUUGGCGCUCGCCGUGGCGCAGCGGUUGGGCGCACGGCUCGCCGGGCUGGUGCUGGUCAACCCCGCGACGUCGAUCAACCGGAGCGGGUGGCCAUUGCUGUGCCGGGCGGUCCUGGCGAUCCCCGAGGGCGACAGCCCCCGCCCUCCGCUCCCGCGGAGAGCCUCGCGCAGCUGCUGGAGCAGGUCCAGGCGAAGGCCGUGAGCCAGCCCUACGCGUACAUGGGUAGCAGCGCGCUGCUAGGCACGGCGCUGGACGCCGCCCAGGCUGGCAGGCUCGCCUCGGCGGCGGCCUCCGCCGUGCUUGACGAGCAGGUGGCUCCGGGCUCGGGGCCGAGUGCGUUCCUGAGGGACUUCCUGACGUUCCCGCAGGAGCUCGCCCGCUUGCUGCCGCCCGCCGCGGUGCGCUUCCGGCUGCGCUCUUGGCUGAGAGACGGAUGCGAGAGUGUGGAGGGCGACCUGCGAACCAGGGCCUCGCGCAAGGGGACGCUGCCGCCCACCGCGCUCAUCUGCUCGCAGGACGACCUCCUCGUGCCCUCGAGGGCCGAGGGCGAGCGCCUCCUGCCGCUGCUGCUGCCGCGCUGCGAUGGCCGCGCCGAGCUGGUGCGGCUGCCGGGCGUGGGCCAUGCGGCGCUGCUGGACACCAGGAUCGAUCUGGCCAAGUUGAUCCGGAAGUCCGUGGUUGGAGCUGGCCCCAAGAAGCCCGUGGACUACGUGGGGAGCUACGAGCCGCCCACCCUGAAGAAGGUCGAGGAGGGCUCCGAGUCCGUGGAGUCCCUCGCGUCCAUCGUCUCCCCCGUCUUCGUCAGCGCCGACGCCCACGGCACCAGGAGCUUCGGCCUGGACGGAGUGCCGGAUCCCAGGGAGCUGGGGCGGCCGGUGCUGCUGGUCGGGAACCACCAGCUCUUCGCCCUCGACCUCGGGCCGCUCGUGCGCGAGUUCCUGGUCGAGAAGGGUUUCACGCCCCGAGGCCUGGCGCACCCAUCCCAGUUCCCAGAGCUCUUCCCGGAGGCGGAGGAGCCGCCCGCGGCGCCUGCGCCGAGCGCCCUGGACGCGGCCGGCCUCCCCUUCGAAGUGCGCGCCGCGGCCCGCGCCUCGCUGGCGGCGGUGCGCGGCCUCGCGGGGCCCGAGGAGGGCGGCGGCAAGGGCAAAGGGAAAGGCCGCGGCAAGGGCCAGGGCAAGGGCCAGGGCCGUGACGGAGCGGGGGCCGACGAGGGGGACGGCGGUCGCCUCUUCAACGGCACCAUGUCACUUCGCAACUGGGGCGCGGUGCCUGUGACGCCCCGGAACUUCGUGCGGCUGCUGCAGCAGGGCGAGGCGGUGCUCCUCUUCCCCGGCGGCGCGGCGGAGGCGCUGGCCGCGCCGCGCGACAAGUAUCCAGCUGCCUUGGCCCGAGAAGACCGACUUCGUGCGCGCCGCCGCGAAGUACAACGCGGUGGUGGUGCCCUUCGGCGGGGUGGGCUGCGCGGACAGCCUCCAGGACGUGCCGAGCAACUGGGGGCCGCUGGAGCCCGUGCGCUCGCUGCUCGCCGAGAGGGAGGCCGAGGCGGCGGAGAAGGAGAGGGAGCGGCUGUCGCAGAGACAGAGCCUCGGCGGUCCCGAGUCUUCCAGGCUGGGGAUGCGGCCUCAAGGAGCGCUCCCGCAGACGAAGUUUUCCACGCAGGCGUCCGCUGGACUGGGUGACCGCUGGUACUUCAGCUUCGGGCGCCCCGUAGACCUGAAGGACCUGGACCCGCAGGACGCAGACGGUUGCGCCAAGGCGUACUCGGACCUCAAAGCUUCUGUAGAGGGCGAGAUGGCGUGGCUCCUAAAGGCCCGCACGAAGGAUCCCUAUCGCGACGUCUUGCGCCGCCAGGUCUACGAGAGGAUCGCCAAUGCUGGCGACGGGGGGGCGCCAAAGAGAAUAAAGGCGGGGCCUAACAAGGGUG